CACGUCGACAUGGAGAAGAUAAACAGAAAAGUAGCACAGUUGCUGUUGACGUCUGAAUUGGGCGUGUGAAUGUUUGUAGAACACAGCGUUUCGUGCUAUCUUUAAUACAUUAAUUUGUAUUGUAUUGAAGCUACGUCCCUAAGGGAAAAGCUAAUGGUCGUGACAACAUGGAGAGUGGCCUGAGUCCCCAGGAUAAAAAAGACUUGGACAAGUUCAUUAAGUUCUUUGCCUUGAAGACUGUCCAGGUGAUUGUCCAAGCUCGCCUUGGAGAGAAGAUCUGCACUCGCUCGUCCUCAUCGCCUACUGGCUCUGAUUGGUUUAAUUUGGCCAUCAAAGACAUCCCAGAGGUGACUCAUGAAGCCAAAAAGGCACUGGCUGGACAGCUUCCAGGCAUCGGACGCUCCAUGUGUGUCGAGAUCUCUCUGAAGACGUCAGAGGGUGACUCAAUGGAGUUAGAGACUUGGUGUCUGGAGAUGAAUGAAAAGUGUGAUAAGGACAUCAAGGUGUCGUACACCGUCUACAACCGUCUGUCUGUCCUUCUGAAGUCUCUGCUGGCCAUCACCAGAGUAACACCCGCCUAUAAACUGUCUAGAAAGCAGGGACACGACUAUGUCAUAUUAUACAGGAUUUACUUUGGGGAAGUCCAGCUGAGUGGAUUAGGAGAAGGUUUUCAGACGGUGCGCGUCGGUGUCGUUGGCACCCCUGUUGGCACGGUCACACUUUCGUGUGCUUACCGCACCAACCUGGCGUUCAUGUCCAACAGACAGUUUGAGAGGUCGGCUCCUAUCAUGGGGAUCAUCGUGGAUCACUUUGUGGAUCCUCCCGGCAGCGGCCAGCGUCCUGCAAACAUGGGACAUCCCUGCAACUACAGAGCUCCAGAUGAUGAGGACGGAGGACCAUAUGCAGGGGUUCAGGAUUCACAGGAGGUCUGCACCACCUCUUUCUCCACCUCCCCUCCCUCACAGUGUGUGUUUACACUGAGUCCUUCGCCCUCUAAACUGUCUAAGCCCCUCCCUCUGGACAGUCUGCCGCUUCCAUUGGCUCCUGGACUUGUCACUCACACUCUGUAUGCUUCCAGGUUAUCAUAUCAUCCUCCAGCAGGAGCUGCUGAGCUCUGUCACCCUGCUGCAAACCAGGUGUUGCAUGCUGGGAAGGAGCAUGGAGGGGUUGUGUUGGUUCCUGCCCAUCCUUCUCAUGGAGCUGAUGCUCACCUGACAGUAGAGCACGCCGCCAACACACCUGGCAGCAGUGGUGAUGACGAUGGCCCGACGCGCAGUGGAGAAAGAAGGAGGGCUGAAGGGAGGAGUGUUUCUCCCUCUGACCCCGUGGAGUCUCUCAACGCCUUCACGAGGAAAAUAGGAGCCUUUGUCAAUAAACCUAACGCACCGAUAACAGCAGCCAGUCUGGACCUGCCAUUUGCUGCAUUUGCUCCUCGAGGCCUGGACUCAGAGGAGAAUGAUCCCAUGGUGCAGCCUCCAGACUCUCCUCCUUGCCCGUCACCCCUGCAGGCCAGCCUCCAUUCUCAGGGCUCAGAGGGAUCGGGGCAGCAGGAUGACUUUGUCAUGGUCGACUUUCGUCCAGCCUUCUCUAAAGACGACUUGUUGCCGAUGGAUCUGGGCACUUUCUACAGAGAGUUUCAGAACCCUCCUCAACUGGCCAGCCUCUCACUUCACAUCAGCGCCCAGUCGAUGGCCGAUGACCUGGACUCACUGCCGGAGAAACUUGCCGUUUAUGAGAAAAACAUAGACGAGUUUGAUGCUUUUGUGGACAUGCUCCAAUAGGAGAGUGAAGAAGAAAUUAGGACUACUGUGAGAAAAGACUAAAUAGAUGGUGGCAAUUGAAAGGGAGAAGAAGAGUGGAGACUCUGUAGACAUUUGUCCUGUGAGAAUCACAAUAUUUUAAUGUGAAGAUCCUUAUUUCUGACAUCUUCCGCUAAACUUCCUAUCAGGCACGUUCAACUUGCUUGUACAGAUCACUGUAAAUACUGUAUUAUUUCUUCUGACACUGGCAUACACCUCUGGUCUGGUAGUGUUAAAUUAAACCUUUUUAUUUCUGUGGCACAAAUCUGCUCAAGCAGUUAGCGUUUAAUCAAUUGUCACUUAGACAGCCAUGCAAUCCAUAGACAGACUACCUUCACUCAUGAUAGUUAAACUAGCUCACUAGAAUUGAUCCACCCUCCCUCCUGAACACUUCCCCUACAUCAUGGCCUUUUUGAUCAUAACGUGAGCGAUCAGUGACGCUAGAAAUAAACCAAUAGUUUGUGUAAAAGGCUUCUUCACAAAUGAAAUAUUGAAAAGCUGGUCUUGGUAAAUAAAUUGCACUUAGUGGAUACAAGCCCUUUGGAUAAGAGUUGUAAUUAAGAAUUGUGACAAACCUGUCAUCCGAUUAACCUAGCCAGGUGUUCCCAGCUGGUCUGGGGAUUUAAACUGCCAAUUUUAACUUAAGCAAACAUCCCCAAUGGAAUUUAAAAAGAGUAACCUACUAUUCUUUAUGUACAGAGAUCACAUUUUUCUCAUGCUGAAACAACUUAUUGAACCACUCCAUUGCCAGUUUAAAGUAUUACCGCAUUAGUUUUGGCUACCAAAUAGACUGGCAACUGAGUGUACUAUAGGUUGUACAGCAUGCAUAUGUAUAUUUGAGUUUUGUAAAUUUGGAUAAAUGCAUUUCCAGCUGUCUACAGAAGAGGCCGGGGUCACCAUCAAUGACGUUGAGUUUGGUUGAAAGCUUUAAUUUAAACUUUUCUUUGCCGUUGGUAUAGAUGUUCCAAUAAAGCAUGGCUGCUGUUAAACAAC